AUGUCAAUUGAAACUCAGGUGUUAGUCAUUGGUGCAGGUAUUUCCGGUUUGAAAGCGGCAUCGGAUUUAUGUGAACAAGGAAUCGACACUGUUGUUCUCGAAGCCAGGAACAGAAUUGGUGGAAGAAUUCACACUGAAAGGAACACCCCAACGGGCAAUCACUAUGACCUAGGUGCCACCUGGUUCCAUUCCACCAUGGAGAAUCCUGUGUUUGAAAAAUUCAUCAAUGAGUGGUUUGAGCCCCAAUUUGCCAAAUAUGAUGACUCAAAAGUUGGGUUUGUUUUGGACACGCCAUCAGGUGGUUUUCCCAAUGGAGUCAAUUUUGGGCCUAUUGUUGACGAAUUGAAGUAUUUUUUCUCUAAUCUAGGUGAGGAUACAACUUUACAGAAUGCAGUUGUUGAAUAUUUGAAGACAAAGAAAACAUUAGUUUCUCAAGAUGAAUCGAAAUAUGCAGCGGCAGUUAUCAGGUUUGCAGAAUUAUUAGGUGGUGGCCAAUGGGACAUGAUCAGUGCCAAAUAUUCAUGGGGGCCUUUUAAUGGAAGGGAUGCGUUUAAUACCCUAGGAUAUGAUAGUGUUCUUGGGAAACUUGUUGAGAAAAUUCCUCAAGACAAGAUCAUCCUUAAUGCUGUUGUUUCUACUGUCGAAAAAAUCCAAUCUUCAGAUUCCAUAAAGGUUACUACUAAAGAGGGGAAAACCUAUACUUGUAGGUAUUUGGUGGUCACCUUGCCGCUUGGCGUCUUGAAAAUGUCAAAUAUUGACCCAACGGUUGAAGGUGCCAUUAAAUUUAUUCCUGAACUACCAGAGAAUAUUACGAGAAACUUCUCCAAAACUCAUUUUGCUCCUAUUUCCAAAGUUAUAGUUGAAUAUGAGAAGGCGUUUUGGCCGGACAACGAAAAGUUUUUGGUAUUACAGGUGCCAAACAAUGAUGAUCUCGAUUUGAUCAAAACAUACACGGCUACCACUUACGGUGAUUUCUCUACUAAGCCAAAAUCCAAAGCUUUUGAGUUCCCAUGUCUUGUAUCCAAUUUUGAUGCAGUUAGAGGAGUACCUGCAUUGAUGUUUCUGCUACCGGCACAACCAACCAAAGAACUCGAAUCUUCCGAGAACCCUCAAGAAUUUGGUUAUCAAUUAGUUGCUCCGAUUAUAAAGAAAAUUACAGGUUUAGAAGAGCUACCUAAACCAAAAUUCGUUUUAACUACUAACUGGGGAACCGAUCCAUAUUCAAGAGGUGCUAUCACCACCUGUGCGCCUGGUGACCUAUUUGUCAAUGAUGCCCUGAUUGAAGGCUUUGGCAAUAUCAGAUUUGCAGGUGAAGGCACUAUUGCCCAAGGACGUGCCUGUGCUCAUGGCGCAUACCUCUCUGGUGAACGUGAAGCUUCGUACAUUAUUAAGCACAUAAACCAAUGA